UGCGUGCUCUGCAAGUGAUAGGUCUUUCAGUGUGCACUCUCUCACACACACACACACAGACACACUAUACAUGAUAAUGAUAUCUUAAGGUCACAGUGUUUACUGACAUGAAAAUCUUCUGCUGGCUGGUUUUGUGGUUUGUGUCAGGCGGCAUUAUGGCGCCUUCCAAUAACCUAGUGGAGAAAGAGCCUUGAAAGGAAGGUUCCGUUUGUUAAGAUAAUCUCUUAGUUGGCCCUCAGUGGGGAAAAUAAAUGUUCAACAGAAAAAGACUUUUUCUUAGCACACUGUUGCUGUGGCUGACACAGUGGCAAGUGGUGCAUUUCAUAUUUGGACCUUCAGUGGACACUUAAAAGAUCUUUUUAAUCACAUCCUAAUACUACCACUAUCACAUCACAGUCACACAAACCAUCAAUAAUAUACAAAAAGGCAAGAUAUAGAUGCAUGGCGUUACAGAGUUGGGGAUGAAUACCAUCAUUACUAAAGCAAGAAAACCAGUCCCCAAGCGUCUGUCAGUUUUAGAUUCACCGUCUUAGAUUUAUUUUACAGGGUGAUUGAUUGAAGCAAAAAGAUACAAUUUCAGGCAGACAUCUCAACUCACCUGGUUCCUUCCAAAGACGUCUGCUCGCUUUCAGCUUAGAAUCGUCCUUAUACUGUCCCCACCCCCAUCGGGUCAUGGAAAUAGCGGACUUUGAUAUCUCCAUUUGGUCUGGGUCACCAUGGCAAUGCAUCCUGGCCUGGCUCCAUCGAUGCUGUUCUGCUCGUAAAUACCAUCUAUCCUCUUCUGUUGCUUAUAGGUUGUUGGCAAGCAGCUAAUGGGGUGCAUUACCGCCUUCUUCUCUUUGUCGAACUUUGUUUUGCUUUGAUCAACCAAUCAGUGGACGGAAAAAUGCUGACGUUGCUGUACACCUGCUACCAGGCUCUGUGAGGCUAACCUGAAUGCUAAUAAUUUAAGUGACAUCGGGCCAGCUCUCCUAACUCUGAAGGCCCUUGGCGUCACAUGAGAUUGACAUGGCAACACGUAGAAGCUGAAAUCUGAUUGGACAAAAAAAUGUAAUGUAGGCCUACAUAUACGCUACUGAAAUCAGUGCAGCCAAGAGACACUCCACUAAAUGAAGAUAACAGACCAUUGGGAAUAAAUGUAUACAAUUUCAUGGAAGAAAUAUUAGAAUUUAAGUUGUAAAUGAAGGUCAGUGCUUCUGAUAGUGUUUAGGCCAGGAUACAAUUGCCCAUAGUGUGUGUCUCUACAGUAUGUCUGCAGAGUCCAGGGUGUACCCCACCCUUCACCCCCCGGCUCAGUGGUUACUUCUUGGAUUGAAUGUAAAAAUUGGACAAAAAAGGCAGUUUCCACCUUAUUACUUCUUCAGGUUAUGUUUAAAAGGACAAGAAAGUAAGAGAGGAGAUGACCGUCAACGUGAACUCCAAUCAAACCUCCAUUCAGACUCAUUACCUUCACCUGUGAGAGCAGCAGUUGGGACGCCAGCUGAUCAGUGCUGAUGGAAGUCCAUUGCUUUGCCUUGAAUCAUGCUGACCAACAUGGGCCCAGUGGCCAAGCUGUAUUUGUCCAUAAUUGAUGACGUGAUUGAGAGUAUGAGGGAGCUCUUCUUGGAUGAGGGCCUUGAAGACCGCGUCCUGGACGAUUUACGACACCUUUGGGAGACGAAGAUGAUUCAGUCGAAAGCAAUGGACGACUUCAGGAAGACCAUUAAUUCUCCCAAUUUUGUGCUGCAGCUUCCGGCCAACUACAGCCGAUCUGAUGCAGAACUCAGAGCCUCAGUAGCGAGCCCCGCAAGUCAGAAUAUGCACAGUUUCCCUGCCAAGAACAACUCCGAGGCGGUCGCUACCUUCUCGCUUCCUGCUGGCCUUUCUUACCCUGUGCAGAUACCUGCCGGUGUCACUCUACAAACAGCCUCUGGCCAACUUUACAAGGUCAACGUUCCUGUUGUAGUCACACAAGCCCCAGCAGGUCAACAGACAUUAUCCAAACCUCCACAGAACGUCAUUGAUCGGAGAGAACCUCCUGCUGUCCAACCCAGUGCAGCCCAUCCUGAGGACACGGCCGUGCCGCAUGUGCCAACUUCAUUAGUCAACCUGCCACAACCACAUACCAGAGACAUACCAGAGAACCGCGGCCUCCAGCAGGAAGCUGUCACUGAGCCCCCCUUGACUCAGACAGCGCCAUCUCCAGAACCGGACUACACACCGGAAGAGGACAAAAGCGAGUCUAAUCCAGAACCUGUGGACCUGAGCCUCAACAGCUCAUCCGUCCGUCAGUUGUUCGACUUCCAGAUCGGCGGCCAGGAGGCUUUGACGGCUAAUCCCCGAUUAAAGAGCAGAGACAUUGACGACAUCCUCAAAGAAGUCAUCGAGGAAGAGCGAGAAAAAGCUACAAGGGCCGGGAAGAAAUCUUACGACCAUCCUGAAGCUAUUCUUGGGCUGGACAUGGAGUACAACUACAGCGAACUGUCAGACAUCAUCCAGCUGGACGGGCAUGCCGACAACUCUGACCUGGAGGAGGAGGAAGAAGUAGUCAUUCCGCUGGAGGAGAAUGACUUCCUGGGUAUGAUCAAUGCAGAGGCCAUCAAGGCUCUGCAGGAAGGAUGUGGGAGCAGCGAUGGCAACAGCAGCUCCUGUAGCAGCGACAGCGAUGGAGCUGAUGAGCUUGAACAUAUAGAAGAUAAGGAUCCACUGAAUUCAGGCGACGACGUGGUUGAACAAGACAUCCCAGACCUCUUUGACAUAGAAAAUGUCAUUGUUUGUCAAUAUGACAAAAUACACCGCAGUAAGAACCGCUGGAAGUUCCAUUUGAAAGAUGGAGUCGUGUGUUACGGUGGCAGAGAUUAUGUGUUCUCGAAAGCUGUCGGCGAAGCGGAAUGGCGUUUUUUAGUCCUUUUGUCAUCCAUGGCUGCUGGUUUUUCUUUUGCUUCUUGGGCUGUUCUUGCCAGGGACAGUUCUUAUCGUAGAGCUCCAUAUAAGUACCAAGGAAGCUGUCAUAUGCCUCGUCCACAUCUGUUGCACUGUAGACACUCUCCCAACUUUGUUCUUCUAGACCUAUCUUGAAGGCACGGAUGUUGUCCUCUGUACGCAAUCUUUGAAAAGUCUUUUUGCCUCCGCCUGUUUUUUCUUAUAAUGUUCAUUGUAGAUUGUAAACACUGGAAGAUGAUCACUGAUGUCACUAAUUAGCAGGCCACUGAUGGUGUUGUUAUCAAAGUCAUUGGUGAAUAUAUUAUCGAUGAGGGUGGCACAGUGGUCUGUUAUUCUACUUGGUCUAAUGAUUUUAGGAUAUAAACUCAAGCUAUACAUUGUAUCUAUAAAGUCAUCUGUUUCCUUGCACUUGUGUGAGUUCAAGAGGUCAAUAUUGAAGUCUCCACAUAUGAAAAUAGUUUUCUGACCUAUGUCUGUAAACGUUGUCUUAAUCCAAUCCUCAAACAUUCCAAUCUUUGACUUUGGAGUUCUGUACACACAACUUAUUAACACAUUUUUGCUUUUUUCUUUACAGAUUUCAAUUGUUAUACAUUCUAAAAUGUUAUCAAUGACAAAUGACAUAUUCUUUACCAUUUUGUAGUUCAAAUGUUUGUCCACGUAUAAGGCCACACCUCCUCCAUUUGCAUUGUUCCUGUUUGCACACGUCAUUUCAUAUCCUUCCAGCUCGAAGUCCAUUCCUUUGUUAGCAUUAAUCCAAGUUUCUGAGAUUGCUAUAACUUUGAAAGGUUCUUUGAAUUGAUUCAAAUAUUGUUUAAUAUUAGUAAAGUUUGCGUUCAAGCUUCUGCUGUUUAUGUGUAUGAUGGAUAACUUGUCGUCGUUGAUGAAACUGUUGUUGUAUUGCUCCUCCGUAUAAUAACGGCAGUCGUUUGUAAUGUGAGAGAAAAAAUUUGAGUCUGGAUCAAUAUCUUUUUCCAUAUCCAAUUGUUUGUGAUCUGUAAAGUGAAAAGUGUCCAAUUGUAGAUCUUCUUGUAGCAUAUUAAAGCUGUUUUCCUCCAUGUUGGGAGACCUCAAUAUCUUUCUAGGUCCUUGAUGUCUUUGACAGCAAGAACUCUGGCCUCUGGUCCUCCAUUUGCUUUGAUGAAGAUUUUGCAGUUUGCACUCCAUGUUCCUUGAAUCUUUCCUUGCUUCCUCAGAUCACGUGCUUUCUUCGCAAUCUCAGCGUUGCGCUUGGUCAGGUGGUCAUUCAUGUAGACAUUUGUUCCUUUCAGCUUCUUUCCCUGUUUCAGCAGGGCAACCUUGUAUUUCCUGUUGGUGAAUUUGACGAUGAUGACGGGUGUAGUGCGGUUCCUCCCAUACAGUGGGAUGCAAGUAUCAAUAGAUUGGAUGUCUACAUCCACCUCCUUCGAUUGCAAAAAAUCAACAACUUGUUGCUCUGUUGAGGCGACAUCCCUUUCGUCUGGUUCUUCAGUAUUCGCCACUGCUCUGGCAUAGGACCUUGGUUUAAUUCGAAGUCCCGUCACGACCACGUCAUUCAUUCGUGUGUUCUGAUCCAUAUCAUCUAUGGUGUUUUUCAGCUUCUCAAUGAUUUUAUCCUUUUCUUCACGUUCUUUUUUGAGAGUGGCUCCCAGUGCAUCAUAACUUUCCUGUAAUUUUUUAUUCUCCACUCUCAGACCUUGCAUUUCUCUUUGUAUGGCGUUGGUAGUCUCUAUCAAACUGUAAAUUAGUUGAUGCAGGGAGUUGGAAUUCUCCACAAGUUGCUGCAUCUGUUUUCCAUAAUCCUCCAUGGUUUUCGCCAUAGUAUACUCACUCUUUUCCAUUGAACUUCUUUCUUGCUUGUUUGCGCGGUGUUUAACCUUCUGCAAGGCUGUCGCUGUUGCUUUGUCUAUAUUUCCACUCAGGUGUGUCAACUGGUUAACUGUGUCAUCCUUGUAAGGUCUCGGCGGCGGUUGUGGUAAUAGGUGAGCACCUCCAGUUGUCUCAGGAAUCUGUUCAACAUCCGUAUAUAUGACUGAAUCUGGAGUACUUCGACCAGAACUACUAGAGCCACCGCUUGUUGCGCUUCUUCUCCCUCGAGACAUUGUUAUUAAUCAUGAUUAAUUUGAAAACUGAUUAAUCUGGUUAAAAAUUGUCAUCAUUUGGCAGCCCUAUUUUAUACCUUUUUGUGACAAUGUAUAGCUUUAUAUAGUUUAAAAAACACAGUCAGAAAAAACUGUAGUGUAAAUUUGUGUGUGUGUGUAU